AUGGCAAAGCCAGCCCUCCUCCACUGGCUCUUCGCCACCCUGGUAUCUGCUGCAUCAUCGUCAUCAUUAUCCUUAGGUCCUAGAGAUGCCCCUAGCGAUGACCUCCUUGCUGCUUGCCCGGGUUACCAGGCCUCAAAUGUGAAGACUACAGCCACGGGCCUCACAGCCGAUCUGACCCUGGCAGGGCCUGCGUGCAACGUGUACGGGGACGACCUGGACGACCUGACCCUCGAGGUCACCUACGAGACUGCCACCCGCGUCCAUGUCAAGAUCCAGGAUGCCGCCAACUCCGUCUACCAGGUCCCGGAGUCCGUCUUCCCACGGCCGUCCGCCAGUUCCGGCGGCAAUGCCACAUCCGCCCUGAAGUUCGGCUACGUCGAGUCGCCCUUCUCCUUCAACAUCUCGCGCGCCGACACGGGCGAGGUCCUCUUCGACACCUCGGCAGCCAGCCUCGUCUUCGAGUCGCAGUACCUGCGCCUGCGGACGAAGCUGCCCGAGAACCCAAAUCUGUACGGCCUUGGCGAGCACUCGGACCCUUUCCGCCUCAACACGACCGACUACAUCCGCACCCUGUGGUCCCAGGACUCGUAUGGAAUCCCCAACGACGCCAACCUGUACGGCAACCAUCCGGUCUACUUCGAGCACCGCGGCGCCGCCGGCACCCACGGCGUCUUCCUGCUCAACUCCAACGGCAUGGACGUCUUCAUCAACCGCACCGAGUCGGCCGGCCAGUACCUCGAGUACAACACGCUCGGCGGUGUCUUUGACUUCUACUUCGUCGCCGGCCCGAGCCCCCUGGACGCCUCGCGCCAGUAUGCUGAGGUCGCCGGUCUGCCCGCCAUGAUGCCAUACUGGGGUCUUGGGUAUCACCAGUGCCGCUACGGCUAUCAGGACGUCUAUGACGUUGCUGAGGUUGUUUACAACUACAGCCAGGCUGCCAUCCCCCUGGAGACCAUGUGGACUGACAUCGACUACAUGGAGCUUCGCAGGGUCUUCUCCCUCGACCCGGAGAGAUUCCCUCUCGACCUGAUGCAGCAGCUUGUCGAGCAGUUGCACAAGAAUGACCAGCAUUAUAUUGUGAUGGUUGACCCAGCAACCGCCUACUACGACUACCCAGCCUUCAACCGUGGAGUCGAGGACAACAUUUUCCUCCUCCGUGAGAACGGCUCCGUCUGGCAAGGCGUCGUCUGGCCAGGUGUGACUGCGUUCCCCGACUGGUUCGCCCAGAACAUCUCGGCGUACUGGAACAACGAGUUCGCACUCUUCUUUGACCCGGAGACUGGGGUCGACAUCGACGCCCUGUGGAUCGAUAUGAAUGAGCCCUCAAACUUUGCCUGCAACUUCCCCUGCGAUAACCCCUACGAGCAGGCAGAAACCAGCGGCAACCCACCUCAGCCACCAGCUGUGCGGACGUGGCCGCGUCCGCUGCCCGGCUGGCCUUGUGAUUUCCAGCCACCAGGGUCGGACUGCAACGCAACUGCACAGCUUGGGUCAAGAAGUGCUCACGAGAGCAGUCUCGAGGCUCGCGGGUCGCUCCGAGGCCAACCUCGGGGACCGACAUAUGAGCAACUUGGUCUCCGUGCCCGCCAGGAGCCAGGACAGCAGCUUGGUCUCCCUGGGCGCGACCUGCUGUAUCCCAAGUAUGCGAUCCACAACAAAGCCGCCUACCUUCCAGAGUGGAACGCAGCAGAAGGAGGGCUCUCGAACCAUACCGUGAACACGGACCUCAUUCACCAGAAUGGCCUGACAAUGUAUGACACGCAUAACCUAUACGGAUCCAUGAUGUCGGUGGCAUCCCACGAGGCCAUGCUUGCGCGACGACCCGAGCUGCGGCCCCUGAUCAUCACCCGCUCGACCUUCGCUGGCGCUGGCACGAAGGUGGGCCACUGGCUGGGCGACAAUCUGUCACUCUGGGAUCACUACCGCUACUCUAUCCGGACAAUGCUAGCCUUCGCCUCAAUCUAUCAAGUCCCGAUGGUGGGGUCCGAUGUGUGUGGCUUUGGCGAUAACACGACCGAGUCGCUCUGUGCCCGCUGGGCGCUGCUCGGUGCCUUCCAGCCCUUCUUCCGCAACCACAACGGGUACAUUCCAAAUAUUCCUCAGGAGUUCUACCGCUGGGACUCGGUCGCCGAGGCCGCCCGCAAGGUCAUCGACAUCCGCUACCGGCUGCUCGACUACAUCUAUACGGCGCUGUACCAGCAGACCGUUGACGGGACGCCGCUGCUCAACCCCGUCUUCUACUUCUACCCGGAGGACGAGGAGACGUUCGGCCUGGAGCUGGAGUACUUCUACGGCGACGCCCUUCUCGUGGCGCCAGUGACGGAGGAGGGCAGCACCAGCGUCGACGUCUACCUCCCCGACGACGUCUUCUACGACUGGUACACGGGCGCGCGGGUCAACACGACCGGUGGCUACACCACGAUCGCGGACCAGAACCUCACUGACAUCCCGCUGUUCCUCCGCGGCGGCGUAAUCGUGCCGCUGCGCGCCGAGUCGGCCAUGACCACGACAGAGCUGCGGGAGAAGGACUUUGAGCUGCUCAUCCCGCUCGGCGCAGACGGCACCGCCAGCGGCCAGCUGUACCUUGACGACGGCGUCAGCCUGGACCAGGGCGGCGCCACCACGUUUGUGCAGUUCUCCUACGCCGACGGCAAGCUCGCCGCCACGGGGUCCUUCGGCUACGGCACCGCCGUCAACAUCUCCAAGGUCACCAUCCUCGGGUCCGAGUCCGGGUCCGGCAACGCCACCGCCGCGGUCAAGGACGCCGUCAGCGGGUCGCUGAGCUUCAGCUUGGGCAAGCCCCUGACCGAGGGCUUCGAGGUAGAGCUCUCCAACGCCUGA